AUCGUCUGUCCUUUCAAACUCACCGGAACACUUCAUCAUUUCUCACCAAAAAAAGGGGAAAAAAACAUAUCAAAGCUGCACGUUGUUAGUUGAGGCAUUUCGUCAAACGGUUUGAAAUCCAAUCACAAGCAACAGUUUAUUCUAGAACUCAUAUUGUUAUAAUCUCAUCCAAACCAUCGCACGUAGCUGCACAUACCGCCCUAUACAGCCGACCGUCGGUCGAUCGGCAACCAGAUGUCGAUGGUAUCACCCUUUCACUCGCUCUGGUCGAUAAGUCGCCCAUUCCCAGUAACUCUCUUUCUGUACUAUCGUCAUGUUUAGGCUCAGAGCGCGUUGGGCUUAGUCUUUUUUUUGCUUCAAUCAUUGGCUUUUUCCACUUCUACUUGUGAAUUUUUGAUAGAUACUUUUCAUUUUUUUGUAAUGUUCGGCUUGCUUUCUUUCCAUUUUUUUCCUAUUAUACACAUAGAUUGUUCUGCAUUUUCUGCCUAAAUAAUUCUUUAGCAGGAUUGGAAUUUUUGAGAGGUGGGUGAAACGGUGAGUUUUGGCAAACGUUAGGUCUUGGGUUCACUAAACCCAAUGUACUGCGAACUGCUUUACUUCUCUGUUUCUGUCUCUAUCUAAUUUCCCAUAAAGCCAAAGGAGCUAACAAUGGUGGCAAGCCGGAAGCUACAAGAUUAGAUUGAUUGAAGUUUCGUGAAGGACGAUGUUUGAAUUGUAGUCCUCUAGCGCCAAACGCCGUUAAAAUAGAUAUCUAUGUGCAUUUUGCAGUAUUAUUGAUGAGGUGACCGCAAAAAGAAAAGGAAAGAGAAAAUGAGAAGAAAGUGCAGGAUUUGGUGGCCAAAAUUCUUGGCGUCAAGUGAACAAACUUCAACUCAUUUAUUGUUUGGUUGGUUUAUUUCAUGCUCUUCAGAUUCCAUUGAUGUUGUAGUAGCUUUUGCUUGCAAUGAGGCUUCUCUCCCCCGUUGCCGAUCUGGUCUUCAGGAAAUCAUCCAUGACACAAAUGGGAAAAUGCCUGUAUUUCUACAGGAUAAAUCAUUGUUUUCCUUGCUAGGUCAGAGUUCUGGAAAUUGCAUCGGUAAUAGAAAAGCACUGAAGUUUAAAAUGGAAGAAGAUAAUUGGAGAGUGUCCUGUACCAACGGCAUUUCUUCAGCAACCAACAUGCAAGACACAUUUGGGGAAAAUUUUGGAGGAAGGAGCUGUGGUUGCAAUCACUUUGAGGGAUCAGUUGAACAAAAUUGGGAAGGUUUGGCAAAAGGCAGCCUCUGGAUCCAGCUGGUAUAUGAUUCUCAUGAACAAUAUGCUGGAGAUGUUUAUUGGCUUCCUAAAUUGCAUCACCUUCAUUGGAAUGGCCAAAUUGUAUCACUAAUAGAUGUCCACUUAAUAGUUUAUGAAACUCCCAUAUAUGGCACGCACCAUUUCUCACUGAAUUCUUCAAAUCCUUUUGAGGAAGUGAAAGCUCCUCUCAAGAAGCCCAAGUGGGUUGAAGAACUUGAAAAAAAGCUUCCUCUAUCUGACUUGGAUGCAGACAUUUUGGCAAUCAACAGUGCUGCUGCUGCGAAAAUAGUUAUUGAGAAACACAUGGACUCUAAGAGAAUGUGUGCUAGAUUUUCUAUCAUCCACAGGUGUGUUGUUCUUAUUUGGCAUGUAUUUGCCAUUUCAGUGGCAUGCUUUUCCACCCUGUUCUAUUUCGCUCUUCAGUUGUUGCAUGGACUUUCUAGUUUUGGGUCAAAAACACAAGUGUAUGUUAUAUCAGCAAGGAUAUUCUGCACUACAUGGACAAAUAUCAGAAUCCACUUUUGUCAGAUCAUGUAUUGGCCCAUUUUUCUUCAAGACAAUGGUCUUAGGUUGCAAUCUUGUGUGGAAUAUGCAGAGAAAACUGCAUUACUUAGGCAUUCUAUGUGGUCGAGUUUAGUUGUUGAUCUUCUCUUGGGAAACUUGAUUGGAUUUUCAAUCUUAUUGAAUGCGGAACCUACUUGCUCAUGGAUUUCAACCUUUGCCAAUGAUGUUACAAAUGAAUUGCUGCGGUCAGGCUGCGUGUGGUUGAUGGGAGUACCGGCAGGUUUCAAGUUGAACACAGAGCUGGCAGGAAUUCUUGGCAUGAUUUCUCUUAAUGCAAUACAAAUUUGGUCUACCCUCUGGACCUUUAUUGGCUACUUUUUCAUUUAUUUCAUCAAAGCACUUGCUCUAUUAGGAAUUCUUUUGGGAGCUACUGUUCCUGCUGCUUUGGUCAUGGACACGAUUUGCUUCUCAACUUUACAUGUGUCAACUCUUCAUUGUGCAAUCUCACUCUUGUAUUCACGACAGAUUCAGGCAUUAGCUGCUCUGUGGCGUCUUUUCAGGGGUCGAAAGUGGAAUCCUCUUCGUCAGAGAUUAGACAGCUAUAACUACACUGUGAAGCAACACAUUGUUGGAUCCCUUCUGUUUACACCACUUUUACUUCUGUUGCCAACAACUUCUGUUUUCUAUAUUUUCUUCACCAUUUUGAACACAGCCACCACCUUUAUUUGUGUAUUGAUUGAAGUUACUAUAUCAAUGAUCCACGGUACACCUUAUGCUAAAAUUUUCCUUUGGUUGGUGAGCCGGAGAAGAUUUCCAUCUGGGAUAUGGUUUGAAAUACAAUCUUUUCGUAGUGGUUCUUCAGAGUCUGUAUUUCUUGGUGAAGUUUGUUCAUCAUCUAAGUAUUCAGAACAAGAGAAGGAUACUUGCAUGAAGAGAUCUAGCCUUCUUGUUUCAUUUCUUCACAGUAACUUCUUGAGCUUAGGACAAGUAGUGUUGCCUCACUACAAGAAGAUUUUCUCUGGGAUUUCUGGUUUUGUCACUUCAUCAGCUUAUGGAGCUCUUACAGGUAAAAGAACUGCAUCAACUUUGGGGGCCAGCCUGCCUUCAAUAUUGCCAUGGAUGUUUAUCCCUAGCAGAGAGUAUUGGUGCCUCUGCUACAAUUCAAUUCUUGCAUGCAUGGCCGAACGUGACUGUUCGAAAUGUCAAUGAUUUAAUCCGGUAGAACUCAUUGCUUCCUUUUUUAUUGCAUUGAAAAGUUUUGCAGAGAUAAUCCGAAAUCUUUGUUUUGGCUGAAAUUUGGUUUUCAAGCUGGAAGAAGUUAUGACUUGUGUUGGCAGAAUUGGAAAUUUUGUGUAGGAAGGAAAUUGCAAUAGCAGGAGUUUGCACCCUUAAAAAAUUUGUUGACCUAAUUCGUUUGCAUUAUUAUAAAACAUGGUACAAAAUAUGAGUGAAGAUUGUCUUUACCCUUUAAUAGUUGCAAGUUGUUGAUUGUUGGUGUGAAUUUAGGCAAAACUUACCUACCCUGAUAUUCCACUAAGAUUUAUGAACUUCAAAAUGGGUUUAACCCUGAGUGCAUGCAUGUAUAUAGAAAUAGUGUACAAGUAUCUUUUUGGCUAAAUUUUAACUUUGCAUUGCUAACUUUGAUU